UCCUUUCCAGAUGGCGUCAGCGAGACAUGCAUUCGAUUAUUUAGUAAUUAGUAUAGGGAUUGCGAUCGUCGAACCCAGUACAUGGGUGUUGUUAUUUUUUAUAAAUUUCCUAUUAAUUGUUAUUUAGAUUUUUUUUGUUAUUAUGUUUUUAUAUUUUUAACACAAACAUAAUGAUGCUGCCCAAGUACCUUUGGUUAUUAUUUUGUAUAUCUGCUCUUUAUAUGUUAUAUUCGAGUAGUUAUUACAAUAUUAUAGAAAACUAUAUAAAAGACUUUUAUAGUGAAUUUUAUAAAUCGAAUUCGGAACAGAUGCUUAAAAACGAUAAAGGAGAAAUUUUAUUCACAGCAAGUGCACUUAAAAAAUAUAAUAACUUGAAUGAUGGACUGUACUUGGCAAUUUUAGGUCAAGUUUUUGAUGUGACUAGUGGAUCCAAACAUUAUGGUCCUGGAGAGACUUAUCAUGCAUUUACAGGACGAGAUGGUUCUGCAGCCUUUAUUACUGGAGACUUCACAGAAAGUGGACUUAUUGAUGACGUAUCAAGCCUUACGAAUAAACAGAUACAAUCCUUAUUAACUUGGGUGGAAUUUUACAGAAAAACUUAUGAAUAUAAAGGAAAAUUGAUUGGAAGAUAUUAUAAAAAAGAUGGAACCCCUACAAACGAAAGAUAUAAACUAGAAGAACUGGUUCAGAUUGCUAAAAAGCAGGAUUCAAAUGAAGAACAGAGAAGAAUUCAAUUUCCGCCAUGCAAUGUUGAGUGGGAUGUUAAUAUUGGGUCAAGAGUUUGGUGUUCUAAAAACAGUGGAGGAAUUGCGAGAAACUGGAUGGGUGUUCCAAGAAUGCUUUACGACAAUCCUCAAUCAAAACAGUAUCGAUGUGCCUGUAUUAGAUUAGAAAGCAAGGAAUUUGAGGAAAAUAAAGGGAUAAUUCGUCCCUAUGAAGGAUGUGCUGAUAAUGCAACAAGCUGCAAUGUUAAAACUGCUGAUGCAUAAAUAUUUCUAUACACUGUUAAAUUUAUACAAAUACUCUACUUAUAUUACACUUUAAGCCUAAUUGUAAGACACAUUUUUAUGCAUUCAUACAUUUUGUAUAUUAUUGUUUGAAAAAUAAAGCCAAUAUUUUUUUUUA